CAGGCUACUACUGGCCAAAGCUGCGAAGGAUGGCGAAAACACUUGUGCAGAAAUGCGAAAAAUGCCAACGCCAUGGGCAAAUCACUCCCAUCCCAGCUGAAUAUAUGUCGACAAUCAACACUCCAAUCCCCUUCGCCCAAUGGGGAAUCGACUUGGUGGGCCCAUUGCCGAUGGGAACGGGACAAAGGAAGAUCUUGAUGGACACUGUCGAUUACUUUAGCAAAUGGGUCGAGGCAGAACCCUUGGAAAAAAUCACCGAAGAAAAAAUGAUUCAGUUCCUGUUCAACAACAUCUGCUGUCGAUUUGGAGUUCCGAAGGUGUUGAUUACAGAUAAUGGGACACAAUUCCAAGGGAAACGGAUCCAAGCAUGGUGCCUCGACAUGGGGAUUAAACAACAAUUUGCCUCAGUCGCACAUCCUCAGGCAAACGGCCAGGUUGAAGUAACAAACGGAACCAUUCUCCAAGGGUUAAAGAAGCGAUUGGAGAAGGCGUCAGGAGCUUGG